GUUUCUUCUCUCUCCCCCCCACCCCCCAAAAAACCUUUUUCCAGUAUUUUCAGGGGGAGCAUCCGGGGUCUUACUUGGGGACCCCCCCAACCAGUGGGAUCCCAUUCCUCCCCGGAUCUCUCCCUGGGGGCUAAGCGCCCCUCCGCCCCCCAGGCUUUCCCCCCUCGCGCUCCGCCUGCGCUCGUGCCGGGGAACUUUACCGUAACUUUGCAAGGCGACGGCGGGGGGGGUGUGGGGGGGGGAGGAGCGCGCGCGGCGAGGAGCCGCCGAGCGCGCCGCAAGCCGGGCCGGGGCUUCUGGGUCCGGGCGCCCUCCUGGCCCGCCCAACUUUCCCUUCCCCCGCAAGGGAUGGCUCCCCGGCUCCGGCGGCUUUGAAUUGGGAAGCCGGGGCAGGAGCCGGGGGGAGCCGGCUCGCUCUCCCCGCAGAGCCUCCUUCCAGCCGGAGCGAGAUGCCUUCCGUCAUGGAGAAAUCGGGGAUCCUGUCCAGGAGCCGGGCCAAGUCGGCCCCCAACGGCACCCACCCCAACUCCGAGGACGAGAGCAGCGAGGACGAGCAUUCGCACGAUAGCAUGAUCCGUGUGGGAGCAGAUUACCAGGCAGUGAUCCCAGAGUGCAAACCAGAAAGCCCUGCUCGGUUCAGCAAUAAGGAAUUGAAAGGGAUGCUUGUUUGGUCCCCAAACCACUGUGUUUCGGACGCCAAAUUGGACAAAUACAUUGCCAUGGCCAAGGAAAAGCAUGGUUACAACAUUGAACAGGCUUUGGGGAUGCUUCUGUGGCACAAGCACGACGUAGAGAAGUCGCUGGCCGACUUAGCCAAUUUCACACCUUUCCCUGACGAGUGGACAGUGGAGGACAAAGUCCUGUUUGAACAAGCUUUCAGCUUCCAUGGAAAAAGUUUUGCUCGAAUCCAGCAGAUGCUUCCUGACAAGUUAAUCCCCAGCCUGGUGAAAUACUACUAUUCCUGGAAGAAAACUCGGAGCCGGACAAGCGUGAUGGACCGGCAAGCCCGCAAGUUGCUCAGCAAGAAGGAAAAGGAUGACAGUAACGAUGAGCUGGAAGAGGCCCGGCAGGCCAGUGAAGGCGAAUUUGACGCCAUGGAUCCGAAGAAGGAGCCUAGUUAUCAGAAGCCUCCCAGCAGCAAACCUGGGCCAAUGAAGAAGGAGGUCCAGCUUCCACAAUACCGGCACCAUCCUCUCCGCGCUCGCCGGCGCCCUCCUAAGGGCAUGUACCUGAGUCAGGAAGAUAUCACAGGCCUGUCUGCCAGCCCUGACAUGGCCGUGCUCACGCUGCGCCAUCUGGACUCUCAGCUGGUUUCACUCAAACGCCAGGUACAAAGCAUCAAACAGAUCAACAGCAGUAUGAAGCAGGCGCUAGGCGAAGGGAUAUACAAACUGCGCCCCCCCGAGAGUAACAUCAAGUUCAACUCCCGCUGGACAACAGACGAGCAGCUGCUGGCAGUGCAGGCCAUCCGGAAAUACGGCAAAGACUUCCAAGCCAUUGCCGAGGUGAUCAGCAACAAGACGGUGGCCCAAGUGAAGACCUUCUUCGUCAGCUACCGCCGCCGGUUCAACCUGGAGGAGGUGCUGCAGGAGUGGGAAGCGGAGCAGGAGGGCGCAGGUCCAGCCCCCCCGCAAGGCAGUCCGCCCCCCCAGGAGCACAAGAGCAGCAGCGAGGAAGAAGACGAGGUUCAGAUCACGGCUGUAUCGCGCUCUGCACAGCAGCAGCACCCGCCCCCACUGCCACAGCACCCGCCUCACCCUCCUGCACUCCCUCCCCUCCCCGCUUCCCCCCGCCCCCCGCCCGCUGCGCUCUCCCAGCCUCCCCCCUUGCUGAGGCCCACCCUCCCCACGGCGCCCCUGCUGCACCGCCAGCCCCCGCCCCUGCAGCAAGGGCGCUUCCUUCAGCCCAGACUCUCUCUCAACCAGCUGCCGCCCCCGCUCAUCCGGCCCGCAGGCUCCCGACAGGCACCACCGCGGGGAGGCCAGCAGCACCCGCCGUCGCUCCUGGGCGGGAUGGGAGAGCCGCCUCCGCUGCCCUCCUCAGGCUCCCUCUGAAGGGGGGCCCCCUCUGCGCGAGCCUCGCCGCGGCCCCCGUGUGGCUGGGAACAGUAUGACCUCCUCUCUGCCGACGGACAGCCCAGUGGUGUGGGUCUGAGGCAGCGGGGAUGGGAGGAGAUGGGGUGGGCAGGAGAGAAGGGGGCUUCUGCCUGUCUCUGCCAUCCAGGUAGCGUUCAGAAAGCUGGCAUCGAAUCCCAGCCCUCGUGUACGAUGGGGUGAUGUUGGACGGGGGGGGGGGCUUUGUGGGUUGGGAAAAGGUAGAUGAUGUAGCUGGGGAUAGGACUGGACC